GGCCGCCGCCGCCGCCGCGACGCGCGCGCUGGGGGCGCCUUUGAAAAUCGUCGCGGCCGCGGCCGCGGGCCGCCUCGUCGUCGGCCCCGCGUUUGCCUGGCUCGCGCUCGCCGCCGUCGACGUCGCCUCCAACAAGGAGCUCGUGGCGGCGUGGCCCGCGGUCGCAGCCGGCGGCGCCGCGCUCUUCUCUUCCAAUAAAGCGGGCCCCCUCGCGGCGCUCGCGGCGCUCGCGCCGCUGCCGUGGGCCCUCGCGCGGCCCGAGGCGCGAAUGACCGAAGACGCCUUCGUGGUGUCUAAAUCUACUCGACGCGCCGCCGCGGUCGCCGUCAGUGUCCACGCGAUUGGAAGUUGCUGGGCGCGCUAUCAGGCGUCCGACGCGGCGCUGACGUUUGUGACAGUAAUGCUCCAGGCCGCGUGGGCCCUCGCGCGGCGCCGGGCGCUCGACGACGGCGCGAGUGCCAAGGCGACGGGCCUGCUUUUGUGUUUGGGCGCGGGCGACGCCUGCGCCGCGCUCCUCGGAGACUUCGCGCGGGGACCGGCGCUCGGUCUCAUAAUGGCGCUGCUCGCGGCGCCCGGCGUGCUGCUCUCGUCAACGCCGGAAGCCGUCUUCGACGACCGUCGAGCCCACAAGAGCAUGGCCGGCGCCCUGGCUUCCCUAGGGCUCGCGGCGGUCGCCCUCGUGGUCCUGACAAGACUCCCGGCGGAGGGCACGGCGCUCUUCGAGUCCGCAUCAAUAGCAGCCUGGGCCCUCUCGGCGCGCGUCGCGGCGUGCUGGCUGCCCCCGGACCAAAUCCUGCCAAGGAAGGCGUGCGAGAGCCUCGUCGCGGGCGCGGCCGCGGGCGCAUUGUACCUGGCCCACGCCGACGCGACGCUGCUGGCGACAAUUAGAUUAGUGUGCCUCGCCGGCGCCCUGAACAGCGCGGGGCGCGCGCACGUCGCCGGCGCGUUGCUCGCGGCGGCGGUCGAGGCUCCCAAAAUCUUCGCGACGGCGUUCCUCGCGGCGAGCCUGGCUUUGUUAGGUGCUGCGGUCGAGAGCUGUGUGGAAAUCAACCAGUGAGUUAGGUUAUCGAGCGGUCACGGCGAUGAUGUCGCGUCGAUGGCCUGGAAACUUCACGCCUCGAGGGGCGCCAAAAUUUGAUUUCACACAGGUAAAGCCGCCGCGCCGCGACGCGUCGCGCUUCGAGGACCGCGUGGCCGCGCGGCCGGACCGCGCCGUCGUCCUCGCGGUUCGUGGCCUGUGUGGAAAUCAAAUUUACGGUCCACCUCCACGCCAUCGACGCGACACGUGCUCGAUGGCGUGGCGAUGCCGGUUUCUCAACACUCGACACACAGGCGGCGGGCGCGCUCGCCGCGACGGUCCUCACGCACUACUCGGCCGCGGCGCUGCCCCUCUUCGCCGCGGCCGCGGCCUACGCGGCGCGGCGCCUCCGCGCGCAGCACGCGUCGAGCCUCGGCGACGCCUUCGCGCGCCAGGACGGCCGGGCCGGCGCCGGCGCGGAUGCCGCCGCGUUCGCGAGCUACGCCGCCGCGGCCGCGCACGCGUCUUCAUUGAGACGCCACCGGGCCGCGGCGGGCUGGGGCGUCGUAUUGUGCGCCGCGCCCGUGCUGUUGUUUUUGAGGGUGCCCCGGAAGGAGGGGAGGCGGCUGCCCUCGCUUAUUUCGUCGGGGUCCUACGAGCGGCGCCACGUGACGGCCGCCGUCAAUUUCGUGCGGGGCGCGGCCUGGGUCCUCGCUCCUACAUUGUGGCUCGCGCUCACGGCGCUCGGCCGCGGCGCCGCGCUCGUGCCCUUGGUCCUCGCGCUCGCCGGGCCGGGCGCCGUCGCCGCGGCCGCGACGCGCGCGCGCCACGUCGUGAGCGCGGCGCUCGUUAGUUGGCCGCUGACGCUGGCGCCCUUCUUUUUGAGAGGGGCGACGGGCGACGGCCUGCUCCUGGGCGCGCUCGGCUGCGUCGGGAGCGCGGGCGUGGCGUUGUUCUACGAGGAGCCGCGGGGCGGCUGGGAGGACUGAGUUUAUUUGUGUUUUGGACUAAUACAACA